UAAUUAUUAAAUAAUAAAUAAUCAUUAAUCAAUAAUCAUACUCCAGCAUCCAGAGCUCAAAUAUAUUUUUAUUUUCUAGUUAAAAGAAAUUUAAGAUUUAAAUAUUUACAUUUUUUAUUGAGAAGUAAUUUAAAUAAAAAUAUAUUACUAUAUAAUUGAUAGGUAUUAAAUUAUUUGUUGUUGAGUUAUUCUGAUUUAUGCAUGUUUAACGUGUCUGCCAGUCGAAAGGGAUAUUAUUAUUAUUUUUAUUUAAAAGAUAUAAUUUUACUUUCGUAAUUUUUGUUUUCUUGUUAUUAAUAUUACAAAAUUUUCAAGUAUUUUCUAUAGAGCAACAGUUUAAACAAAAUACAAUUAAUACAUUUUAAAUUAAAUCAUGUUUGUAUUGUUUUUAAAAGAAAAUAGUAUUAUUAUUGGGAUAGUAAUUAUGUUUAUUUUGUGGUUAAUUCUUUUCAAAAGAAUUGCCUGUUUCUUUGAGAAAUGUAUUUCAAUGUAUUCUUCACACAAAUUUAAGCUACCAGAAAUAAAUGUUUUAUUUAAUUCAUUGACUAGUGGAGUUUUUUGUUUUAUCAGUGUCCCAAUAUGUUUUUCAACAUUUAAACCUUCUUCAUCAUCAAAUUCAUCCUUAAUGUACUGGUUACUGGAUUCAUUUCGCAAUAUGAUGGAUCGUUGUGUAAUUACAGAAUCUGUAGAUCCAACAAGAAAUUUUAAGUUUAUCAUACUAUAUUCGUGUUUAUUACACAGUGUUUAUACAUCAUUUACAAACAAUUUAGAUGAGAGGCCGUUAUUAAGUACUUUAAAGAAAGGAGCUGUACUUAGUUUUUUUGCUUCAACAUACUGUUUUGGCUGUGUAGAAGCAGGUUUUGUAUUCCUUGGGCUGUCUAAUUUAUCACUUGGAACAUUAGAAGCUGCUAGACUCUUGAAAGUUUGUCAUAGCAAAACAAAUAGUAUGGUAAUCAAAAUAUUAAGUUUCGGACAGUUUGUUGUACAUUGUGUCAUUUGGAUAUCAAUUUACUUAUUCUUGGUACCAUUUAUUGUGCUAUCGUCAGUUGAAGUGCUAAUGAUGAAUAAUGAUAACCAACUACCACUAUCAAUUAUGUUGUUCAGUCUUCUAGUAUUUUACUUAAUUGAACUAAGAGACAGUCCAUUAAACAUGUCAUCAACAAGUGGAAAUGGUAUAUUUAGACUAUUUGAAUCCCCUAAAAGCUCACUAUUAGCUGCAAAUAACAGUAUCAAAAGGAAUCAAAAUAAACAGAAAUCGAAAGAAAAUUUAUUAGUGUUAUACCAAACUACUAAAUGUGCUAUGGCAAUAAAGAAAAAAGCCCAAAAAAUCCGACAAGAUAAACUAUCUUCAGCUGUAAUUAAGCCUGAACCCAUUGAAGUGAUUGAAAUAUUUGAUGAUUGAAGUAUGCUAGUAACUAUAAUAAGCUAUACUUGUAAAUAAUAUAUUUUUUACAAAUUUGUAAAUAAUUAAUGAUAUAAAAUAUUAAUAAGUUUUCUGAUGUAAUUUGAAUUUUUUUUAAUUAAAUGUUUUAUUAAUUUUA